CAGCUCACGCGCUCACUUACUGAAGCGGGACAUUAUCAGCUCGAGCACGCGCAAUCCGGUAUAUCUGGAUGCGUGAAUCUCUUAAACAAUUUGAAUGGUUUUUGAACCAUUAGCGUCAACCAUCAAAGCUCAUGUUUUCAUCUAUGGAGGGGCGUGUUGACCUCGUUAAACUGAGUGAACGAGAAAUGAAUCCACUCUUAAGAAAAAGUGUCUCAGGGAAUUUUUCCCUUCCUUCCACUUCAUUGAUGCUGAGGUCUGAGAAUGAAGUGAAUUUCAGCUGUCUCUUCAAUGAGGAGUUCAAGUAUAUUCUGCUCCCUGUAUCAUACUCCCUGGUGUGUUUCCUAGGACUGAUACUUAACUCUGUGGCUCUGUGGAUGUUCAUCACUAAGAUGAGGCCCUGGAAACCCAGUACAAUUUAUAUGUUCCAUCUGACCCUGUCAGACACACUCUAUGUGCUCUCAUUGCCUAUGCUUAUAUACUAUUAUGCAAACCGCAACCACUGGCCUCUUGGUGUUUUUCUCUGUAAGCUUGUACGAUUUCUUUUCUAUGCCAACUUGUACUGCAGCAUCCUGUUUCUCACUUGCAUCAGUGUGCACCGCUACAUUGGAAUCUGUCACCCCAUUCGUUCUCUGACUUUGGUGAAGCCACGCCAUGCCCACGUGGUGUGUGGUUUUGUCUGGACUGCUGUGAUAGCCUGCCUGGUGCCCAAUCUGAGUUUCGUCAACACUUCCCAGAGAGGAAAUGAUACUUUGUGUCACGACACCAGCCGCCCGGAUGAAUUUCACAACUAUGUUACCUACAGCUCUGUGGUGAUGGUCCUGCUGUUUAUCCUGCCAUUUCUGGUCAUCAUGGUUUGCUACUGUUUAAUGGCACGGGCCCUUUGUCAACACCAAAAGGGCCUGUCCCAAAGUCAACAAAAUUCAUCCCGAAAGAAGUCCAUUACGCUUAUUAUAGUGGUGUUGGUUGUGUUUGCGAUCUGCUUUGUACCCUUCCACAUCACCCGUUCGCUCUACUACAGCUACCGUAUUCUAGACGCAGAUUGCAGGUCCCUUAAUAUUGUCAACUUUGCUUAUAAAAUCACUCGUCCGCUUGCUAGCAUGAACAGCUGUGUGGACCCCAUCCUCUAUUUCCUGGCAGGGGAUCAGUACCGCUCUAAACUCAUCAGAGCGUUCACUAAACAGACUCUGAAAACUCGUUCUACUACGUAUGGGCAUGAAAACAACAUUGGGCUGGGUUUUAAGAACCCAGAUGCCCAAGCUGGAACUGAGUCGAGACUCUAG